CAUGGGCGUGCGGAGGCGCGGUGAUCGAGGGAAGGGCGGAGCCGGCGGGCGCAAAGGCGGUUGUGGGAGGCAAGGCUGAUGCUUUGCUGCGGUCUGUGGCUCGGGUUGGAAGCCGGAGCGAGGGGGGAGUGGGAGAAGCCACGAGGCAUACCACCAUUACCUGGGCACCCCAAUCAGCUGCAACGGAUGCGGCUACUGCUACUGCUGCGGCUGCUGGUGGGGGCAGUACGGGUAGUGCUGCGGCCAUUGCAUGGGAGGAGGGCGAGAACGGCCGGGGAAAUGGCGCCGUACCAGCUACAGCAGGGGUUGCAACCCUCAGCCCCGCAUCAUCAACCCCACCUGGGGCCGGUUACGGAGGUGGCGGCGGACUCAUCAACGGCUACAACGAUAACGGCUACAAGAACAGGAGUAGCGACGGGUACAAGAGCGGCUGCUAUGACGGGUACAGCGGGGAUGAGGGCGGCGAUCAGCCGCCCUUUAUGUGCGGGAUGCUGCAGCUGAAGGAAGCAGCGCUGGCGGCUGUGGCUGAGGCUGAGGCGGAGGCGGAGGAGAUCGCUUGUGCCGGCGGCUGUGGCGGACGCAGUUUGCAGGAGGCGGUUGAGGCGCUGUUCUGUCGGGACAGCUUGGUCGCGAGUCAACGCAUUGCGGCGACGGGAGCGCACUUGAGGACGGGGAAAAUGCGGGUGAGCUCUUGAAUCAAGUCCGCUGGGGGGCUGGACAGCAGCCUGGAUUCCCUGCUGGCUGAUGCGUACAACGCCUGCAACAAGGACCGCGUGAGCAAGGACGGCAACCUAGACAGCGGCAGCAUCAAGAACAAGAGCCGCAGCAUCAGCAACUGCACCAGUAAGGCCAACAGUCGCAGCCCCAGUUUCUCCCGGGAAGGUGGUUGGCACGCUGAACUCAACUGCUGGGGGUAUUUGGCGGAGGGAGCCGACUCUGAAGACGAGGAGCAGGAGGAGGAGGAGGAGGCGCCGGUGGAUCGGGUUAAGAUGGAGCAGGAACGGCUGAGAGCUGUCCUGAAGGAGGACGACAGGGACCCCGGACACAUCAAGUGGCACCUGCACCACUGCGGCGCUGGCAGGAGGUCCAGUGGAGCGACUGGCAUUUGGGGUAACUGUACGACAACGGCACCCGCAACCACCGGAACGCAACCGACAGCUGUUGCUGCUACAUCGGCAUCGAAAGGCGGG